AUGGCUCCCUCCAGUCUGCCGUCCGUCCUCAAUGCCACCAGCCAGGACAUUGAGAUGCUCCUGGCUGCCCAGACCCACCUCGGCAGCAAGAACUUGCAGGUGCACAUGGAGCCCUACCUCUGGAAGACUCGCGCCGACGGUGUCAACGUGAUCAACAUUGGCAAGACCUGGGAGAAGAUUGUCCUCGCCGCCCGCAUCAUCGUCGCCAUCGACAACCCCGCCGACAUUUGCGUCAUCUCUGCCCGUCCUUACGGCCAGCGUGCCGUCCUGAAGUUUGCCGCCCACACCGGUGCCUCUUCCAUCGCCGGUCGCUUCACCCCCGGUAGCUUCACCAACUACAUCACCCGCUCGUUCAAGGAGCCUCGCCUCAUCAUCGUCACCGACCCCCGCACCGACGCCCAGGCGAUCAAGGAGGCCAGCUACGUCAACAUCCCCGUCAUCGCCCUCUGCGACACCGACUCGCCCACCGAGUAUGUUGACGUUGCCAUCCCUACCAACAACAAGGGUCGCAACGCCAUCGGUACCGUCUGGUGGCUGCUUGCCCGUGAGGUCCUUCGCCUCCGCGGCACAAUCUACAACCGCGAGACUCCUUGGGACGUCAUGCCCGAUCUGUACUUCUACCGCGACCCCGAGGCUGAGGCCGAGGAGAAGGCCGAGGAUGAGAAGGCUGCUGGCGCCGAGGAGGAGGGCCCUGCUGCCAUCGAGACCGGUGCCCCUGCCGCUGGUGACUGGGACGCUGCUCCCGCUGCCGGCACCUUCACCGGCGCCACUGCCGCUCCUGGCUGGGACGGUGCUGAGGGCGGCGAGUGGGCCGCCUCUGGCCAGACUGGCGAGUGGGCCAACGAGGCCGCCAAGGAAUCCCAGUGGUAG